AUGAAACAAGUCAAGUACCCUAGCGGCAUUAAAGCCGUCUUCUUCGACUUCAUGGGCACGUGUCUGGACUGGUACUCUGGGGUCAUGAAAGCUUUUCCCACGCGGUUGGAUGAACACACAAGACGCUCCCUGUCCCUCUCCUGGCGAGAAGCCUUUUUCGCAGAAAUUCAUGCUCGUUUUCAGCAGGGCCUGCCAGUGGAGUCGUUUGACGUGACUAACGCACGCCAAUUGGAGCUCGUGUUGGAGCGGCACGCCAUCCCUCUGUCGGAGUCAGAAAAGGUGCAACUCGUCCAGGCAUGGCAUCACAUGCCGGCAUGGGAGCACGUCGCCGAAACGCUCGUGGAUCUCAAACGCCACGGUCUCGAGCUCUUCGUUCUAGCCAAUGGAACAACAAGACUGCAACUUGACCUCGUACGGUCAUCCGGCCUGUGUGAGUUUGACAUGCUUUUCUCAAGUGAGCUUCUGCAUUUGGCCAAACCGGACCCAGAUUUCUACACAUCGGCACUGAGUCUGACGGGAUACCGCCCUGAGGAGACUGCUAUGGUAGCAGCGCAUGCAUAUGACUUACGGGCAGCGGGAAAGCUGGGUAUAAGGACAGUCUACAUUUCACGCUGGACAGAGGAUACGCAUGAAGAUUUACGUCAGGUCUACCAGGAUGUGGAUGGAUUUCUUGGAUCCCUGAGGGGGUACAAGUAUGAACCGGAUGACCAAGAGACCUAUGUGAUGCGCUCUCUGCCAGUUGCUUUGGGAUUGACUAGUCCGGCAGAUAUCUGA